UCCGUACGUUUUGACGUACAGGAAAAUACGUAUGCGGAAGUUCAGUUGUAAACAAAAACGAAAACGGACAAUCACUACAUUCCUCAAAACAUUAAAAAACAAACAUAGUUAUAUCUUGUCGAACGCAGCUUGUUGAUGGUUCCAGAUGUGUGGCAGUGGUUGAUGCAAGUGCCACCUCAUUACUUUAAGAAGACAUUCUUUGGUGUUGUUGGCCCGCAGAAACGACUGCAGUCAACAUGUCAAGAAAACAGACGCCAAAACCUGUACGGAGCAACAAGAAGAGCGAACUGGAACGCAAGAGGGAUGAGCGGGCAGCACGCCGGGCCAUCGUAAAGGACCGCAAGAAUCGGCCUCAGGAUUGUGAUGAAGGAGCAGAGUUUGUCAGUUUCUCCAAUCAGCUCCAGGCGCUGGGGCUCAAGCUGAGAGAAGUCCCCGGAGAUGGGAAUUGCUUGUUCAGAGCUCUAGGCGACCAGUUAGAGGGUCACUCCCGGGGUCACCUCCGGCUUCGGCAGGAGACCGUUCAGUUUAUGAUGUCCCAUCGACAAGACUUUGAACCAUUUGUUGAGGACGACGUGCCCUUCGCACAGCACUUAACCAACCUGUCUCAGCCUGGUACGUUUGCUGGAAAUGACGCUAUUGUGGCUUUUGCUCGCAGUCAACAGGUGAAGGUGGUCAUCCAUCAGCUCAACACACCACUGUGGGAGAUAAAUGGUGCAGAGAAGCAGGCGUGCAGAGAGCUACACAUUGCCUACCGCUAUGGAGAUCAUUAUGACAGUGUGAGGCGGACUGGAGACAACUCUGAGAGUCCUGCUCAGCUCCGCAUAGAGAAUCUGCAGAAUUCACGAGGCCAGCAGCGUGAGUUCGGUGACGGUCAGAGGGACAGACAGAAAAACCCUUCUCCCGCAGCCUCAGAGGAGGACAACGUGAUCCUGAGCUCCAUCAAGAAUCGAGGAAUCCAGGGUGACGAGGAGAACCUGCUCCAGCUGAGUGCAGCAACCAUCAAUGCUGAAUGGCUUGUUGGCUCCAUGCUGGGUCAGUCCUGCCAGGGCCAGUGUGCCUCAGGAUCCUGCUCAGCCUGCAGAGCUGCAGCCACAGACUGCACUGAGCAAAAACAGCAAGCAGAGGGCAGCAAUGUACAAAAACCAAAGGUAUCUAACAAGCAGAGGAAAGAGCAGCAGCGGCAAGAGAAGAAGAAGCGUCAGGAGGAGAGGCAUCGACAGAAGUUUCUCCAGAGUAAAGGAAGCCAGGACCAGAACCAGAACCUGCCAGAGGCUGUUACUUUAGUGCCAGCUCUCAACACUCUGAGUAUAUAGACUGGAGCAUGGCCAAAAAUAACUUACUGCUACUUUAGCUACCGGUGGCUGACGCUGUCCACAAAGUUUUGCACAUAGUCAGAUUUGAUUCAGUCACAGUGGAUGACUUUUCCUAAAGAGAACCCUAUAGUUUCUUUGCAAACAGUAUAACGGUGCCUGCAAACUUGAGUGUGUGAGAUGUGUGAAAGUUGUAAAAGAUGAGAGUGAAAGAGCAUGAAUUUCAGUGUUUCUGCUGGGUUUCGGUUUAGUUCAAUGAAUCUCUGGUUGGUGUUGGUGUAUGUAGAAUCUCUUCACAUCUGGUCUACCUGCCACGCUACCUAGCCCCUUUCUAUACUGGACAUCUGGCUUUUCAUGACAACCAUGCAGAUAAUCUUCAUGCAGCUGGGCUUUCUUGAUUUGCCACAGAUUGACAUUUUGAGUUAACGUCAAGUCAGAUGUUCAGAUUCUCUUUGUUCGAUCUGACCAAAGAAGGAAAUAAAAGGAAGACAGGCAGAUGAAUGAUUGUUAUGCUCACUGUGUAAGGAAUGUGGCAAUAAAUAAUAAUAAUGGA